GGCACCAAAUGUCAGUCUACUUUUAUAAACCAUCACUUACAUCAUUUCUGGAUGAUGGAGGAUUCUGUUCUUUUACGCUGCCAGCCUCUUUAAUCGUGUAAGUGAUCACUUUAUAGUCUUAUAACCCACGCAGUUGGUUGGGACUCGAUCUCACUGACGCUUUAAUGGCUAUACAUCAGUUUGAAUUAAGCAGUAUUGUUGAGUUCUUCUGUUGAGACAUUUUGCAGAGAGAUUUGUUCUUCGCUGGAGAGUUGAAUCUACAAAACUUUAUUUCAACAAUGAAAUUCAGGAAUUGAUUGACCUAGUUUAGUCUGAUGUGAAUGAUGCUAAGCUUCUCCGGGGUUUUGUUUUCGCGUCUCCAAUGAGAUUGGCGUUUGCGUUAUUUUGCACUUGGCUGGAUAUUCCUGUGACAGCACUCUCGCAACUCAAGAAUCCCGUCUGGGAAUUAGAUGAACUUCUCCACUUAGCCAAGAAGCAAAUGAAGUGGGACUUUUAAUGCGAGUCAAAAGCCUUGGAUACCUAGUGUUUGCUAGUCUUACUCUAAAGAGUUCUAUGGACAGAUUGCACUGUGAAAACGGUGAGGGAGAUUAGGAAAAGUCAUUAGCGCUUUUUCUAGACUGUUCAGCUUUUCCCCCCGCGGGGGAUGAUGCUGAUGGUAGUCGGUUGAUUCCCGCGGGUUCGAGCAAGACCAUCAUUAUCACCGGUCCUUUAGGAGGAAAGGAGUGAGAGUAAACAACAAGUGGUGACCCCGUCAUCUUAUACAGUCAUCCAUCUUCUUAAGAAUAGAGCGGAUAAAGAUUUUUACCAGCAAGUCUUUUUUUUAACCAGCAGAUGUUGCAGGAUUUAUGAAUCUGUUGUUCAGAAAAUAGUUGAGCGGUUAGUGUUUUGGCGUAUCGCUCAUGUCACACUCUCGUUUUAUGCAAUACCCGUAAGAUAGUAGUUUGUGACCUCCUUCAAAAACAGCUCUGCUGAUGAUGACCAGGUAUUAAGUGUCACUUGAAUAAGAGUCUGCAUGCAUAAUUAUUAUUAACACCUGGAACCAAUGUAGUGAACAAAUGAAUAGUACAUAGUCUCGCGAGUAUUCGUUUCUCGUAUAUCGAUACCAUACAAGCGGCAUGAGACCUCAUCAAGGUGUUGAAGUCUCGCGAAAUUAUUACACGCCUAAGACGAGGCAGGAGGAGACCGUGCUCUCCCAGCAACGCUGAUUACAAAUAAGACGGGAUGCAAAGCCUGAUUUUGGCGGGAUGUUUUUCUUGCUCUCUGCACUUGUAAAAACAAGUUUUUUGCGUCAAAAUUGAAAGGAGGAACCAUGCUGUUAUGAAGGAAUCGCGUCACUGAAUCAAUAUAGAGCAUCUGAUCCGCCUUGUCAGUGAACUGGAAAAUUUCAUCUUUUAUAUUUCAGCACUCGUCGCACUGAUUGCGAGGAAAGAUUUGUGCUGCUGAAAUUAAAACCGACGGGAAAGUGGACUGAACUGGUGAUUUCUACUGAUUGGCAGCAAGUGUACAGGCCCCCGCGUAUUUUGUGAUAAGGAUGAUAUAAUAUACUCUGCUUUAUUCAGAACGGGACUACGUAAUUCGUGAUAUGUUGAAGGAUGAUGAAACUCUGCUUUCAGAAUAAAGGGACUACGUUGAAUUGAAAAACGGCAGUCAUGGAUAACUUUACAAACCUGACUUUGGAUGGGACUCAACAAAACACUUCAUCAACAUCCGAAGUUUCGUCCGAUGGAACAACAGUUCUUUUACUAGUCGUGUACGGAAUCAUAGGAUCAGUGGGUGUGGUUGGUAACACGGUUGUUAUACUAGUUUACACGCGGUCGCCAUCGUUCAUGCGGAACGUUACCAGCUCUAUCGUGUGUAACCAAUCAGCAAUAGACCUCGCUAUGAGCUUGGUCUUCUUAACCAUCAACCUCGGUCCCAAGAUAAGCAUCCCCACCGAUGAGUUCGCCGCUAGUCUACUAUGUAAACUGUGGAUAUCAGAGUACGCCAUAUGGGCCCUGGGAGCGAGUUCAACGUGUAACCUUGUGUACCUUACGAUCGAACGGUACAUCGCUGUGUUCCAUCCGUUUUACUAUCGUUCCAAAUUCACUUUACGCAAAGCUCGACUUCUAUGUGUUCUACCGUGGGUCAUAGGUCCAAUCCACGAGUUAGGGUGGGGCCUUACUAAUCACGUGACCAACGGCACCUGCUCGGCCAAAUGGCCAUCCGUCGCACUCAACCGUACAGUCGGGUUCGUAUCUUUAAUUGACCAUUACGUCAUCCCACUCUGCGUGAUGACGUUUGUUUACUCACGCAUUAUUUACAAACUGCAUAAAGCCUCGAGAAGAGCCGACAUGGGUCUCGCCAGCAGUCGCACCAGAAAACGCCUGGUUCAACAGGCUUCCCGUAACGUCAUCAUUACCACAUUCCUAGUGUCUUUAACCUAUCUCAUUUGCUGGGGACCUAAUGAGCUCAUGUAUUUUUAUGUUAAUAUGGGUGGUGACGUCAACAUGGGCGGGGUGCUCUUCCGGUCGUCAGUCGUGAUGGCGCUAGUGAAUAUGUGCGUAAACCCUUUCAUCUACGCUAUGUGUUAUAAGGACUUCCGUAGGGGCUUUUGGGUGUGUCUUGGGCGGAAACACGCCAUGUACAACGCCCCCUACGGAUCCCCGACUCAGUCCCAUGAGCAUGAGAUAAUGUCGACGACUGUUCACUGUGGUCACGAAGUACGACGUGUUGUGCAUGACACACAGCAGACAGCCUUUUGACAGGAGUUUAUUUUAACCUUAUUAAAGUUAUCUCACAUCUAUUUUCACUCAUAUUUAAUGUAACAAUCAUUGCCUCUUUGUAUAUUGUCUGUGCUCUGCCAAAUACCUAUUUCAGUAAACAAAACUAACUUGCGGAGAAAAUACUCCGAUUUGUAAAUUCGAACUGCUCCUUUAAUUUAGAUAUGUGAUAAUUACAUAGAGGAUAAAUAAUAUAAUAAUAGGAUUCGAACUGCCUCUAGCUACCGGGCAACCUCGGUAGUCUAGUUGGUAAGACACUACUCUAGAAUUGCAAGGGUCGUGGGUUCAAAUCCCACCCACGUAAAAUACUCUGAUAUUUUAUUUAUCCCCGAUGCAAAUUUAACAUCUCUUAAUAUAAUUCUGGGUUUUCUUGUCACCAUUAUGAACGGUGAGCACAUUGUGUGCCUUUCUUUUGCUAAGUCACAUCCGCAAACUUUGCCAACUUACGGACGGCCUUCACGGCAAAAAAGUAACAAAUGUUUAUCAUGUAUCAUCAAUUUUGCGAACAUCACUGAGGAAUAUGCCACCCAAACAACAACCAGAAAACUGCUUAAAUUGAUUAUUUCAAGUGUUGUGAAAAAGUUAAACACUAACUUUGUAGUUCUCUUCAUGUAAUUUUGGGGGUUGUUUUAUUGUGCAGAGUUAAUUUAUAAGUUGACCAGAAUAAGUAUUAUCGUCAAGUUACUGAAUCAAAAUGUAUACAUUUUGUGCAAUUGAUAAUCAAGGACGCUAACGUUUGUAGGAGAGAGACUUUCUGUUGCCAGCUUGGUGUUUAUAAAGUAUCCACUUGUGGGAGUUUGCCGAGUUCCCUUGAUGGGAAUUGAUUAAACACUAACUUUGUAGUUCUCUUCAUGUAAUUUGGGGGUUUUAUUGUGCAGAGUUAAUUAUAAGUUUUGUAACUGCUGUAAACCCGAGCCUGAGUUGGCCCAAACAGCAAAAGAAGGGGGAUCUUGUUAUUCGUUUUCUAAACUUAUACAAUUACCACGAGAGAUGUUUCCAUUCUGCCAGGCACAAAACAUAAAUAGCUCAGAAUCAUUUUAAAGGCAGUGGACACUAUUGGUCAUUACUAAAAAUAAUUAUUAGCAUAA